CGGUAUUUUUUGCUGGGAAUGGGUUGAAUUGAUUGGCAUGUCAACUUGGACUGGUUUUAAUCGAGGCAAAAUUAUACAUUUUCGAGACUAAUUGAAUGUCAGACGAUUCUUAUUUCGAAGCAAAUGUUUUCAUAUUUCGACACAAACUUUCUCUUAUUAAAAACCUGUCAGGCUAACGUCGGUUAAAACCGACGCAAUGUGACCUUAUUUCGACGCAAAGGCAUUUAUGACUGAAACAUGUCAGACUUUCAGUCAAAACUAUGUCAGGCUAUAAUAUAGGUCGAAUCAGAUAUAGUGGCGGUUUUAAGCGACACAAACCUGUGCUUAUUUCGACGCUAUGCAAGCUAACGUCGGUUUUAAACGACGCAGUAGGCCCUUAUUUCGACGCUAUGCAAGAUAACGUCGGUUUAAAGCGACGCAAUAGGCUUGCACUGACAAGUAUAGCAGGCUUUAUGUCAGGUUACGUGUGGGGAGGUUUAGUCAGUGAUUGUGUCGGUUUUAAGCGACGUAAUGUAUUCAUAUUUCGACGCUAAGUUGUUAUCCAUAUUUAAUUUCUGUCUCCCUUCACUUCCGUGUUCCACUUCUGUCUCUCCUCUCUAUCACCCAUUUCUGGCUUCCUCUUUCCCCCAUUUCUAGCUUCCUCUUUCCCCCACUUCCUUCUCCUUCCAUUAAGUUUUGCAAUGGAUAAUUCCCGUGAAGAUCAACGUUCUGAGGAACUUCAUUUGGAAGAGGACGAGGGUGAUGCUGGUUCUUUUUUGAAUUGUUAUGAGUGUCAGUUUUUUUUUUUUUUUUUUGUGUGUUUGAACGAUUAUUAUUGCUAAUCUGAAAAUAUACAUUUGUUUCCUACUUUUUAAUUGUGUGUUUGUAUUAACAAGGUACAUCUCAACGGAGGCGUGGACCCUCAAUUCCUAAAUGGACGAAACAGCUUUGUUCGUUUGAUUCGUCCGGAAAAUGCAUUAGUGAUAACGCUAGUGCUUUUUCAAAACAUGUAGCAGCGGAGGUUAGGGACUAUAGAAAUCUUCCGUUGGAGAAAGAUUGGCGUAAGGUUACGGAAGAAGAUAAGGAAGCUUUUUGGAAUAGAAUAAAGGUAUAUAUAGAUCUUUUUAUUUUUAGUUGAAAAUAGAAGAAUAGGUCAAUGAUUGUAAUAAUAUUUGACUAGCGUGAUUUUUUUUGUUUUUUGUUUUUAUGUAUGUAGGGAAGUAUCUUUUUUGAAGAUGCAGAUAUAGUAAAAAUGCCUUUGAUCCGUCAUAUGACGCUUAAGAUUGCGGAGCAUGCGCACAAAGAGUUUAGAAAUAAGUUAAAAAAAAAGUAUUAUACUAAAAGAGCAGAACAGGUUCGCAGCGAGCCUCCUCCUGAUGUGAUUCCUACCCAGUGGAAUGAUUUGUUGGCAUAUUGGAAUAGAGACAAAACAAAGGAGGUUGCUGAAAAAAAUAAGAUUAAUCGGGGAUUGAAAUCAAUGAACCAUACUACUGGUACAAAAUCCUUUGCAAGAGUGCGGGAAGAAUAUCGGAAGAAGCAUGGGAAAGAAGCAGAUCCUGUAACCUUUUUUCGUGAAUGUCAUACACGAAAAGAUAAAUCAUGGAUUGAUGAAACAUCGGAGCGUACAGGGUCAACAAUGGAGAGCAACCUGCAAACAUUGAUUGAGUCGGGCCAAGACGAUAAUGAAGAUCUUAGGACCCAAGUUUAUGUUGAUACUAUGGGUCCUGAGAGGUAUAAUAGAGUCAGAGGAUACGGUCAUGGUGUGACUCCUGAUAUGGUGUCUUAUGCAUCUUCUGCAUCUUCUACAUCAAUUUCCUCUAGGAGAUCAUCUAAGAGUUCAAUGGCGUUGCUAAUGACUCAAAAUAAUGAGUUGAAAAUGAGAGACGAAAAUAAUAAUAAACGGAUUUCGGACCUGGAGAACAAGCAAAAUCAGUUGUUUGCAUGGUUUUUUCAAAGAUUUCAGCCACAACCACCAUAUAGCCCGGGAACCCAACAAUCAGGCCACAGUCAACCUCCUCAACAGUCGGGCCAAAGUCAGCCUUCCCCUGCAUAUCCGUAUGCUGGCAAUAAUCAGCAACCUCUAUAUCCUGUGUAUCCGAUGCCUGCGCAGCCCAUGCCAUACAUGCAGCAGCCGCCCAUGCCAUACAUGCAGCAGCCGCCCAUGCCAUACAUGCAGCAGCCGCCUUAUCAAGUGCCAGUAUAUCGACCUGAGAUGGCUGCUCCUAGUGGAUCUUUUCCUGAAGUUCCAGUUGGGGGGUUUUCUGGAAUGCUUGCAGGUGUUGGAUUUGAUGUGGACUUGUCGAGGAUUUUUGGAUCAGAUGGAGGAUCUCAAGAAGGAGGAUCUCAAGGAGGAGUAUCUCAAGGAGAAGAUUCUCAAGCAGAAGGAUCUGGACGACGUUCAGGCGCAGAUUCGGUUGGGUAG